AUGGCGUCUACUGCAUCAGCAUUAGCUAACCAGCUACGAGAUGAGUUUCUCACCUGUUCACUCUGUUUCUCUAGUUACAAAAAUCCCAAGUUGUUGUCAUGCCAACACAGCUUUUGCCGAGAAUGCCUCGACCGCUGGAUUGUGUCAAGUAAGGUGAAAUUAUUGGCAUGUCCUGUUUGUAGAAAGGAAAGCGUCAUUCCUGUCAAUGGUGCCAUUGGUUUUUCUGCCAGUAUCUUAAUUACCAAUCUGUUGGAGUAUUUGCGUACAAACGUGAAGGACGAACGGGAGAGAAAAACGGGGUUUCUGUUCCAAUUUGGUGAGAAGGGGAGCUCAGAUGGACAGUUAUAUAAACCGCAGUCAGUUGCCAUGGUUGGAAAGGAUCGUGUUAUUGUGGCAGAUAGUAAAAACAGACUACAGAUAUUCUCACGUUAUGGCAAAUAUAAAGAUACGAUCACACUGUCAAGUUUAGAUAAAAAGUGUGUACCAAGAUGCCUUGCAGUGGCGACAUCUACGGGAGAGGGCGUGGUCUACGUGUCAGAUAUGAACAACAAGAGAGUUUGGGGGUGCAAUCUGAAAGGGGAGAUAGUCAAAGAGAUUGGGAAAGAUAAUCUGAGCAUGCCCAGAGAACACGUGCCAAGAAGAGUUGGUGGUUUGGGAGACGGCGAGAGCGGGCUAUGUCAACCAACACACAUUGCGGUGAAUAAAUGUGGUGAACUAGUUGUUGCUGAUACGCACAAUUAUCGAAUCCAAAUUUUCGAUUCGUAUGGACGAUGUGUGAGGAGAUUUGGGAGAAAGGGUGUUGGUGACGGAGAAUUUCUCUGUCCGAGUGGGAUUGCAAUAGACAGAUUCGGCAAUAUCAUUGUGGCUGACAGCUCAGCGCGUCGUAUACAAAUGUUCACUUAUUGGGGGCGUUUUAUACGUCGUAUUGACAAAGAUGGUGAUGGGUUGAAAUACCCAGAAGGUGUGUCUAUCGCCGGUGAUGGCGCUGUUUACGUCGCUGAUGCUGGUAGCCACAGCGUAAAAGUAUUCCAGUAUUGA